GCUGCUGGUUGGGGAGGGCAUACUGGGGUGGGGCUGGGAGGGGAGAUCGCUGGGGGCGGUGCAUCCAGCUCUGGGCCAGGGGGUCCAAAGUGCUUGCCCGGUCACAGCCAGACUUGGGGGCCUGCUUCCAGCAGGGGACAGCCUGAUUGGGGACAAUGGCAUCUCUCGACCACAUCUUGGUUCUCUGUGUGAGUCUCCUAGCCAUGGCUAGAGCAGAAGCUCCACAGGAACAUGACCCAUUCACCUACGACUAUCAAUCCCUGAGGGUCGGAGGCCUCGUCAUCGCCGGGGUCCUCUUCAUUCUGGGAAUUCUCAUCAUCUUCAGCAGAAAGUGCCGGUGCAAAUUCAACCAGCAGCAGAGGACUGGGGAACCUGACGAAGAGGAGGGAGCUUUCCGCAGCUCCAUCCGCCGUCUGUCCAGCCGCAGGCGGUAGAGACACCUGCCGCCAUGGAACCCAGCCAGGAUUCCCCUGGCACCUGAUGCCCCGCCACCGCCCGCGCACCCGCUGCCACCUGGACUGCUCCACUUCCUAGCCCAGACCCACCGGCUCCUCUGCCGCCCCGACUUCCAAUAAAAAGUGUUUUCUCUCCUGACA